AUGGGCCUGCCGAGCUACGAGGUAACCGGCCGCUUUCCGAAAAAGCUACUGAAGAAGGCCACGAGCGCGGCGGAAGCGCUCGGGGCGACCGGGGCGGACGGCGUGGAGCACGACGACGAUGACAACAGUGACGAAGCAGGCGGAAAGGCGGACAACGAGAACGAUGGUCUGGAGGGUUUCGUCGAAGAACCCACGAAAAAACAACUAAAUGCAGUCGGCGCACAGCGCGUGUAUGACUGCCUUCCUGGAUACUUUGCGGUACCUCACGAGCUCGCGGACACGCCGGAACAAGAUACUAUUGUCGCAUGGUGGCGACGUGGAAUCGCGGACUACAAAGCUAGCUUGAAAGCUGGCGAAGACUUUCAGAAGACCUUGAAGUUGCCGUCCGCCGCAACCGAGUCGCUGGCUACCCUCGUUGGCCUCACCGAACAAGCUCUCUCGCUGGUGUUUGGAAUAUCCGAGAUCACGGCCGAGGAAGCAGACCUGCCGAAUGAGGACGACGAUGAGGAU